GCUGCUUUUUUAUCCGCGAGAAAAAUCUUAUCCGCUGUUUUGCGUCGCAGUUGUGUCCGCUAAUUUCCCCUCAAAAAAACAAAACGCCUGUGUAUUUCAGGACAGUUGAACACUUGCAAAGACUUGACAAGGUUGCGUCAGCCAUGAUCUGAGGUCUGCAUUUUCUCUGCGGACGUAGACUUCCCCUCCCACAUGCUGCAGUCACACACACACCAGUCAUGUCUGAAUCCUGUUUGACUGUGUGGGACUGGUUAAGCGUUCUUCGUCUGGAGCAGUAUUCUGAGGCUUUUCAGAGCGCCGGGCUAGCAUCGUUCCGACAAUGUCACAACCUCACCUCCGACACACUGGAUCAGAUGGGCAUCACCCUGCCAGGGCACCAGAGACGCAUUCUGGCUAGCCUGAACAAAACACAUGCUAAGAGCGACGCACACUUUGACACAUACUCUUACAUCUUACCGCCUGAGAGAGACCAGAGACCAGAGGAAACGGGACCCCCCAAAGUGUUGCAGAGAGAAAGACCUGUGCCUAUCCCAGUGGAAGAUACACCUGUCCCUAAGGAAAGGGAGUUAAGAGAUGGAGAGACAUCAAGACCUACACCCAGGGAGAGAGAGAAACCAGUACCCAGGGAGCGCCGGGUGCACAGGAUGAAAGAGGAGAGCGGAGAAGCAGAAGAGAAGAAGCCAGUUCCUGAAAGACAAACGGCACCUCGAGGAGGGAAGGAGGAGGAGAGGGACGGGGGAGGAGAUGGAGAGAGGAGGAGGCCUGUGCCUAAAGAAAGGACCAGGUUUCUCACUAGUGCUCCAGACGACUGUGACCCAAGCCAAGUUAUUUCUCCAACUGCUGACCCUUCUUUGCCCCCUGUCCCUCCACGAAGCACCCCCAACUGCCCUCCACAGUGCUUCUCCUCCCCCCUGAGCCCCUCACCUGCUGCUCGAACCCCUGUCUCUCCUAAACUGGACAGCCAUGCAGUUACAACCCCAACUGUACAGAGCAGAUCAGUGUUUCAUAGUUCCCCCACACAUGCACCUCUCCCUCCUCCUGAAACCCCGUCUGCCCCAACUCGGCCUCAGACAUUAGACAUUCAGCCGCCUGCCCAUCAUUUGGGGAGUGAUGGAGGAAGAAAAACGUCACCCGUAUCCCCCACUGCUCCCCAAAGCGAUGGAAUAAGUGCUCCACCUCUUCCUCCAAAAGUAGGGGCGGUACCUAAAGGCCCUCCACCAAUCCCACACCGGCUACCUGCACACUCUCCCAGAACUCACAGCCCCUCUCACAUCAAGACGGUUGCUGAUGACCUCCAGAAAGACCAAACUCCACAGGUGCCUCCUCGCAUCAGGACACCGCAAACUCUAGAAGACGCACAUCAGUCCACCCAGCCUGUCGCUCAGCCAGCGCUGCCUGCAAGGAGAGCCCCCCAACCCCCCCGUGAAUCCAGUGUUCCUGUUGCUGGGCAACGAGCGGGUAAACAGUUUCUGGGCAGCUAACAUCCCGCCAAGUGAAGCCUUGGCCCCCUCUAGCUGCAGCGAGGAGAGACGCCGCUUCAUCACCAAUAAGUACCGGCAGGGCAAAUACAGGAAGUACCACCCUCUGUACGGAAACCAGAAAGAGCUCAACAAUGCUCUUUGUAUAAAUGUGCAGGGCAGUGAUGUGCUGGAGACGUUGAGCCUGAUCUUCUGUGGUGCAGAUGUAAAUUGUCCAACUGGUAUGCCAAGUGCCCCCUCUGCUCUCUCCCUGGCCACCACACACACACAGCCCCUACAGGCGGAGUUAAUCAGCCACAACCUCAACACAGAACUACCACGGUCAGAGCCGGGUGGAGGCAUGGAUCCGAGACCUUACUUGCCAGCACCUUGUGUGUCUCACAAUGGCUUCCUUUUCAAGACUGCAUCCUUGGCCCGGGCUAUUACAGAGCGCAAGGCCAAAGAGGAGUUCAGUCGUCGCUGGUGCACGCUGAAUGAUGGCACCUACAGCUACUAUGAGAGUGACAAGAACUCAAACCCAAACGGAGCUCUGAAGGCUUCAGAGAUCGUCUGUCUGGCUGUUGACCCGCCUUAUAGACAUGGGUAUGAACACACCUUUGAACUGUACUCUGAGUCAGAGCGUCUCUAUCUGUUCGGCACUGAUGACCCAGACGGCCACAAGGAAUGGGUCAAGUCUAUUGCCAAGAGCCUGAUCCCGGCCUCUGCAGAGCCGCUGCUGAGGUUAGCUUUUGAGCGGAUUGGGCGGCUGAAGUGUAAAGAUGGCUUGAACCUGCAAACAUCCAAGGUGGGCUGGUUUGCUCUGGUGGGCUCCACACUUCACGCCUACCUGGAGGACAGCCAGGGAGAGGAGAUCCACCUCCGCAAACUGAAUGAGCUCUCAAUUCAACAAGACAAUGAGGUGCUUGUUCUGGUGGAGAGAGGAAGGACUUUGUACAUAGAGGGUGAGAGGAAGUUGGAUUUUGCCGGCUGGUGUACGGCCAUCCAGGCAGCAGCGGGGAGUGGAGGAGACACACUGAGCCAGCAGCAGCUGACGGAGACAGACAUACCUGUCAUAGUGCACAGCUGCAUCGGCUACAUCACGCAGUGCGGCUUGACCUCUGAGGGGAUAUAUCGUAAGAGCGGUGUGAACUCCCGUGUGGCCGCGCUGUGCGAGAGAUUUCACCGUGACGCCCGCAGUGUUCGUCUGAGGGAAGGAGACCACCAGGUGGACGACGUCUCCACCACACUCAAACGCUUCUUCAGGGACUUAGAGGAGGGGCUGUUCACGUCAGAGGAAUCCAAAGGCUGGCUAAGUGCUGCUGGGAUCCAGGAAGAAAGCCAGAAAAUCUCCCAGUUCCAGCUGCUGCUGAACAGACUUCCUCGUGUCAACAAGGCUACACUACAAGCCCUUAUCAACCAUCUCUUUUGCGUGCAGCGUUUUUCUGAGCUGAACCAGAUGAACCUCCAUAACCUGGCCAUAGUGUUCGGCCCCACACUCUUCCAGACGGACGGGAAGGACUACACUGCAGGCCGCGCCGUAGAGGACCUCAUACAGCACUACACACUCAUCUUUGAGGUGGAUGAGCAGCAGCUUAAGAAGCAGCUGGAAGAGAUCACUGUCAUCAUCAAAGUGCGAGAGACACUCAACACAAAGUUUCCCAGUACUGAACCUGGCGGGCACUUCAUCUGUACCGUGUACUUGGAGGAAAAGAAGGAAACAGCAGAGCAACAUGUCAAGAUCCCUGGUUCUAUGACAGCAGCAGAGCUGACCUGUGAGGUCCUGGACCGGCGUAACAUCCGGGUUAAAGACAAAGAGUACUGGAACUGCUGGGAGGUCAGCGACAAGGAGGAAAUGGAACGCCCACUGCACUAUCAGGAGCGAGUGUUACCCAUCCUUCACUCCUUUGGCACCGACUCCCAUCUGCUCAUCAAGAAACACCUGGCUAUGGAGGCGAUGAUGGUGUACCUGGCCAGCAAAGUGGAUUUAUCCAAACACGGGAUGAUGAAAUUCAGAGAGGAGCGAAGCAUCUUGGGAUUGGGACUGUCCUCUGGAAGUUUCCACGACCGAUACUUCAUCCUGAAUUCCAGCUCUCUCAGAAUGUACAAGGAAGUCAGAAGUAACCGUCCAGAGCGUGAUUGGGUGGUGAAAAGCUUAAAGGUCUACCUGGGUAUUAAGAAGAAACUCCGUCCUCCUACAUGCUGGGGACUAACAGUGGUGUGUGAGAGUAAAAAACAAGAGAAGCAGGAGAAACAGCAGUGGUAUCUCUGCUGUGACACCCAGACAGAAAUGAGGGAAUGGUAUGCUACUCUUCUCAGCAUCCAGUAUGAUGGCAACGUGUGGCCUCAGGACGGACUCCAGCAGACACGAGUGAGCCGCGUGUUGCCGGAUACGCGUCACGGUAAUGUGUCACUGAUACCGCUGCGUGGCAGUGAGAAUGAGAUGCGGAACAGCGUGGCAGCUUUCAGCCAAGACCCGCUUGCUCUGUUUAGAGAUGUUCGAUAAUUGUCGCUGCAAGAAAGGGCCGACGGUCAGCCUCAGAUGACCUACAUCAUCUUUCUGCCACUGUAAUGGCCAGAUUGACGGACACUGUGUGUGGAUUAUGGCCUGAUACUGCCAUCUGCUCCUUCUGGGUAUGAACUGGACCAAAAAUAACGGACAAUGAGGAUCACAUGUAAAAUAUAACCGACACUGGUGUCCCUGCACAAUUGAAUUGUACGUGACUUGAUGUACAGAAGCAGCAGCUGGGAGCGGUGGCACUCAAAAUCAAAGAGCGACAUUAUGAUGGACUACAAUCACUCGCUUCCUAAUCGAUGUCCGACAAGACUGCGCCUUCUGUUCCUCUGCUUCCAUUGGUCAGCGGCAUGUGACUCAAUCCCUGCAUUGCAUUAUGGGACAAAAGCAUGAAGAUCAUGCUGAGAAAAAUGUCUAAUGUAUUUAGAAAAGACUUAGUCGGGAUAUUCUAGGCACUAGCAUCAAGUGCUUGGCAAUUUUUAAAUAGUUUAUUACUUGCAGUUGUAGCUGAAUAUGAUUUAUAACUUAGUUUUUCUAUUGUAGCUCUUUUUCUGUACUAUUGCUCAUGAAUUGUCAGGAUAACCCUGCAGUUCAAAAUUAAAUAUUUGCUAUUGUAAGCAAAGCUGAUGUCACAGGUGACCUGAUUCUGUCCAGGGUUUGUUCCACUGGGACCAAGACUGAGACAUGAGCAGUGAUGGAUACUGUCUGUUACUCCAUAGGACAUUUGCCUGUACUGCACAAAAACAUGGUCACUGGCAUAUUUGGCUCGUGUCCAUUUGUCUGCAUAAUGUGGACCAGAAUAUGUGAAUAUGUGAACGUGUGCAUUUGUGAAUUGUUUCUUAUGAGGAAUGAAGGAAGAGGAGGUAUGAGCUAAAAGAGUUGAGGGCUAAAUAGCCUUUGCUUAACAACACUGUUUGAAUAUGUGAUUAAAUAGGAUAAGCACUUGGUUUAGUAUUGUCCUUUAAUCUGAAUCAAGCACCUUCAAUAUAUCACAUUUCAAACCAUAAUCACUUAUUCCAAACAUUGUUCUGUGCUUUGGCCUAAUACGUCAUAUUUUAUGUUUCCGCUGUUCUUAACAAUCCUCAGCACUGCAUCCUCUCUUUUUUCUAGAUAUACAGAAUAAAUAUACAUACAUGGGCAGAUUUGUCAUUAACCAGCAGUAUUUAUGAAGUUUUAGUUUAUACAUUUGUCACAUUGCAAUUCAAAAUGUAUUUUUAUGUCUAGAAUCUUUGCAGCAGCAUAUUAUUCUAGUUUGUUCAUCCAAAAAGUGCAGGAUUUCCUUUGAAACAUCUGUAACGUAAGAAAACAUUAAAGUGCAUUUUAAUCUUU